UUUUAAAAGCAGAAAAUCCAAAAAGAUUACGCCUCCUUCCCUACCACACGUGUGGCAGAUAUCAGUGUGUGUUUUCUUUUCAUUUUUGUGAUGGCGUUUGACACCCUACAAAGUCUCCGAGGGCAUUUUAUUUUUGUGCAGCUCAAAGGGCAAAUUUUGGUGGCUUCCAAUUUCUAUUAUUGCAUCCGUAGUCUGCUGGCGCGCCAAAAGUAGAUUGAAACUGGUUAUUACUGAAAAUUAAGCAACCUUUUAUUAAGUUAAACCUGAUACUAGCAACCAUGAAAUGGAAAAGGGAAAAAUCCUUGUUUCAAUCAGGCCAUAGUUAAAACUUGGAAACUGAAGGCCGGCAGGCGAGACUCCUGCAUCGACUGAGUCGCUCACAAGUCACAUCCACGUUUUCAAUAUAUCUGAUGCCAAUUCCAAUCUAGCGUCCUCGACCAAAACAAGAUUGACCAUCACUUUCACAUGAACACACAUGUCACAUCCUUCCACAGGAAAGAAGCACGAACCUGACAGGGUGUGAGAUCUUCCACCAAUUCAUAACCUGAAAACAUAGCACAAACAGAGUACCAGAGACAGCAUGUACCACAAGGAAACAGUACGCCCACCCCGCAGCCGCAGGUAGACUGAGCUAGAAACACCGGCUAAGCACGGCGCAGACCUCAGAAAUUACUUAAGAGUGGCCGAGUCUUGGUGCCGUGCAAGCGUAGAGUCCACCAAUUCAUAAUCUGAAAACAUGGCUCAGAUAGAGACAACAUGUACGAGGAAACAACACGCCCACCCCGCAGGUAGACUGAACUAGAAACACCGGCAAGCACGGCGCAGAAAAGACCAAGCACUUGUAAAUUACCUAUAGUGACCGAGUCUUGGUGCCAGGCAAGUGGACUCACUUGCCCAUCAUGCUGGUCAAGGUCAUGCAUUCACAUCACACAAUAAAAUAACCUUGGUCUGCACAGGGUGCCAAUCAAAACCUGACACGGCGGGCAUCCUUACGAGCAGAAGCUUCCUCGUCAACUCUCCGAUGUGAUGUGCGAGCGACGUUCAACUGCUCAACAUAGAUAAAACUGCCGGCCUGAACGGUUCAACACCAGUUUUUUUCUCCCGUGACACAGGGCCCUGACAAAUGGAUGCAUGUGAGAAUUGUCAAAAGGACGUGAUAAGCACAUAAUAGAACCAUUACCAGAAGCAACAGCUUGGCCAACAACAAUGGCGCUGCCACUGCUCUUCCUCUUCUCCCUCUUGCUUCAAGCUCCCUUGCACGCACAGGCACUCCAAAACAUCACACUAGGAUCCACCCUGACCACUCAAGGCCCAAACGCCUCACGGAUUUCGCCCUCCGGUGAGUUCGCGUUCGGGCUCCGCCCCAGCGACGCCGACGCCUCUGUCUACCUCCUCGCCGUCUCGUUCGACAAGAUCACCUCCAAAACCGUUGUCUGGUACGCCAACACCAACACAACACUGCCAGUUGGCUCCCAACUGCAGCUCACGCCUGGUGGCGUGCUUUCGCUCCAGGACCCUGCCGGCACAGAGAUAUGGAACCCCCGGGUUACCAACGUUGACCAUGCCGCCAUGCUCGACACUGGCAAUUUCGUGCUCUAUGCCAAAGAUGGCUCCAUCAAAUGGCAGAGCUUUGAACACCCAACUGACACCAUCCUGCCCUCCCAGGAGCUGCCUAAAGGGUCCGUCCUGCAAAGCCGGCUCAUGGACAACGACUACUCAGCUGGAAGGUUCCAACUCAGCGUAGAGGGUGGCAACUUAAGGUUUUACACCUUGGCUGUUCCCUACACCGUGGUUGUUCCCUCCCUUUUCCGCUAUGAUCCUCCAUAUUUGGAUUCUUACACUGGUGGAAAUGGUUCAAGCCUCGUGUUCAACACGACUGGCAGCAUCUACUACACUACAAAUUCUGGCAGACAAAUCAAUAUUACAUCAGAAACACUUGACUCACCGGCAGACUUCUACCGGCGCGCCACACUUGAUGCAGAUGGGGUGUUCAGGCAAUACGUGUACCCCAAGAAGGCAGCUCAGACCAGUGGAUUGAAUACGGAGUGGAAAGUUAUGGACUUACUCCCAAGAAACUUCUGUCGGGUUGCCGCGGUACAGACUGGAAGUGGUGCCUGUGGGUUCAACAGCUAUUGCAGCUUCAACACAAACAAGAGUGUGGAAUGUGAGUGCCCACCAAACUACUCAUUCAUCGACAACGAGAGGAAGUACAAAGGUUGCAAGCAAGACUUCGCUCCACAUAGCUGUGACUUGGAUGAUACUGAAUCUAUUCAGCAAUUCAAGCUACUUCCAAUGAACAAUAUCAAUUGGCCUUCUGGCGACUAUGAGCGUUACAGCCCCAUUGGUGAGGAUUCUUGCCAAAGACUUUGCUUAACUGAUUGCUUUUGUGUUGCUGCGGUAUACUACAACAGUUCUUGCUGGAAAAAGAGGAGCCCCUUGUCCAACGGAAUGUUCGGUGACAUAGUGGGAUCAGUUUUUAUCAAGGUUCCCAGGACUAAUGUUCCUGGGUCCCAGUUGGGCAGUAACUCCAAUACAUGGAGAAAAGAGAAGAGGUAUUGGAUAAUAGGAAGUUCACUGCUCCUUGGAGGAUCUGCUCUUGUUAUUGUUUUCCUCAUCUCCAUUCUGUAUUUUGGAUCUUACCGUGUCAUUAGGCGAAAGAAGCCAGCCCAGAUACAAACAAUGAGUCCCGAGGCAUUGCCUCUUAGAGCAUUCACGUACAAGGAGAUUGAGAAGGUGACAGAUGGAUUUCGUGAAGAGCUGGGUAGCGGUGCAUCUGGUAUCGUAUACAAGGGCCAGUUGGAAGAUGAGUUUGGGACUGGCAUUGCAGUCAAGAAGAUUGACAAGAUGCUCCAAGAGAGUGAAAAGGAGUUCGCCAUUGAGGUUCAAACCAUCGGAAGGACCUUCCACAGAAACUUGGUACGGUUGCUCGGUUUCUGCGCUGAAGGAAAAGAGAGGCUUCUGGUGUACGAGUUGAUGACCAAUGGCUCACUUAAUGGAUUCCUUUUUUGUGGUACAAGCCCAACCUGGAACCUUCGCGUUCAAGUCGCACUUGGGGUGGCAAGAGGCCUGCUCUACUUACAUGAGGAAUGCAACACUCAAAUUAUCCAUUGUGACAUAAAGCCCCAAAACAUCCUUCUUGAUGAGAAUCUCGUGGCAAAGAUCUCAGACUUUGGCCUAGCAAAGUUGCUCAGGACAAAUCAGACACAGACGAACACUGGCAUCAGGGGAACUCGAGGGUACGUCGCGCCCGAGUGGUUCAAAAACAUAGGGAUCACAUCCAAGGUGGACAUUUAUAGUUUUGGGGUGAUCUUGCUGGAGAUUGUGUGUUGCAGACGGAAUGUGGAGCUAGAGACGGCUGAUGAGGAGCAAGCAAUACUGACAUAUUGGGCAAAUGACUGCUAUAGAAGUGGGAGGCUUGACUUGUUAAUCAAGGGUGAUGAGGAGGCAAUCUUCAAUAUAAAGAAGGUGGAACGCUUCGUGGCCGUGGCAUUAUGGUGUCUCCAGGAGGAGCCAACAAUGCGGCCAACCAUGCUGAAAGUGACACAGAUGCUUGAUGGAUCCGUCACAAUCCCCACACCUCCUGAUCCAUCUUCCUUCAUCAGUUCACUCCAAUAGUAGAGUGUGUUUUUAAAUGUAUAAGUUGCAGUGUGAAAUAAGAGUAUAUUGGACUACCGCAAAUGAUAAAUUUGAGUGAUGAUUCCUUUAAAUGUAAGUAAAUGGAAGCAGGAAUGUAAGUACUUGAUAAGAAAAAAUGUAUGCAUAUGUUACUAGGUUCCAAAAAUAAAUGUAGAUUUCUGUAAUGUUCGUAUACUUUUUAUGUUCAGUACCACAGUGAAGCCAUGAAUGUACUGCUUUGUGAAUCAGUGUGCAUAUUUUGGUAUAUUGCUUAGCAUUAAAUCAUCAAACUGGAAGAUGCAAGGAAACAGUGAGGUGCGGUGCAGGCUGGUUAGGAACCAUCGGGUAAGAACAAUGAUUUAAGGUCCCUUCGGGGACAUCAGCUAAAAUUGAAACGAUAUAGAGAACAAUGAUUUAAGCGUUCACGACUGAAAUGCUAGUGAUGUCGAAAUAUUUAAGAAAUACUUCUAUCCCAUUUGUUACAACUAGCAGCAGGACUCCCAUGUUGCUUUACGAGCGACCGACAUGGGAGUAACCCUAGCAUAUAUCCCAUUUAGAUUUUCACAUUAGCAUUAUCCAGUGUUUUAUGUCACUGGAAAUUUGGCAACUGCGUCUAUACUUUUUAGUGUAACAGUGGGUAUUAACAAUGAGAAUUGGACUCUACUGAAUGCAAGCAUUACAACAGAAAGAACACAAGACGUUCUCGAUCUUUGUUGAUCAUGAGAUCUAGUAUGGAGAGUCCGGAGCUUUAUGUGCUAUUCCUUAUUCAAUACUACACUUUCCCUCUUGAACUGCGAAAUCAAAGUCAGGUGCAACAUGCUUACAAAUAUGUCCUGAAUAAGGAAUAAAAACAAAUCAAAGACCCUGCAUUAGAACGGAUUCUAGCUAAAACAAUUAAAUAGUAGAUUACGCAUCAAAUCCAUUUUUUAAUUAAAAAUAUACCAUAUUUAGCUUAGCAUAAUAAUAUGGCUCCUCGUGUAUACCAAAUAUUAACAUCCCAAUUGAAAUGAGACAUCGUAAACCACAUAAAUUUGCAGAUGCUAAUGAGAAUAAAUGCAAUAAGUAGUCCGUUUGUUAGGUGUGAGACAAUGCAUCUUCUUGUGUUUUCUGAAAGGUGACUCGAAUGAUGCUUCCAUGGAAUUUUACCUUCCACCAGUGACGUAAUAUUUUUUUUUUGACGGGCGGUGAUGUAAAUUUGCCGUGUCUGUUGUUAGUUUAGAUUAUGGUGGUGCGAUCUCAGCAACUGCAGUAAUUGGGCCAACAACAUCUAUAAAUUCACAUAUAAAAAUACUAAUUCAGUUCAUGUUUCUACACGUUGCUAUAGUGUUCUUAUUAUUCAUGAAUAUGCGCAGCACUCUGUGUUUUGCUCACCUCACAACAUAGUGUUUUGCUCCAUUCCACUGCGAGCAGUGAGAAGGGGAAUGCAUUGUAGCAAACAUGAAAAAGUUUUCUGGUUGGGGUGUUACCUCUAUCGAUGUACUCUGAAGCAGAUCCUCUGUGAGAAUGAU